AGGGCCACACUUCAACCGAGCCUUGUAGGUACAGUGUACAGUGUACAGUGUACAGUAUGCAGUUAUUUUUCUUACUUGUUAGUGAAAAUGAUUAUUCGAUUCUUGAAUGGAGAUGAGUGAUUUCAGAUCGCUGAUCUUGGCAGCCAGCCAGUAUUGUCGAAGCUCCCGGUUUCUUGCUCUUGUUCGGCAUGACUUUGCCGAGAACUGCCCAGGUGGGCUCUGCACUAAGAACGGUUGUUGUGCCGUAAUGCCGAGCUUAUGCAAGAGCGAGAUGUCAUUCUCAUUCAUUCAUCUCUUUGCGGUAAUAAUAAUGAUUCCUGUCGAUUGCCUCGAUUGCCUUGAGUUACUGUCAUGGUGACAGCCACCCACGUUCACAGACAAGCAAGAUUGUUUCCUGGGCCUGGCCUCAAUCACGCCGAGA